AUAUAAUUUUUCAAACAAAUUUUAGCGGUAUUCUAUGUAUCUAACAUUUAUUCCCUAACCUCAAAAACGUCUAUCAGCGCUCUAUUAUAAGGUGGUCAAAAUUGGAAAUGUUUUCGCUUAGUUAAGUCAAUGCAUUAUACUUGAUCAUCGGGGGAGAAGUGGUCGGGCCUUAUCUUUAAGACCGUGGUUAUACUAUUAGCUUAUUAUUGGGAAUGUAAAAGUGUUUUUUGUCUUGACGGAUAAAAGAUUGUACUUAUUUUAGCCUCAUUUUAUUCUUCUAAGAUAUGUUUAGUUGUUAAGAUUUGAAAACAAAUGGGUCAAAAAUCUAGUCAAUUCACUGUCGAAGAAUUAAAUGAUUAUCAGGAUCUCACUUAUUUUACAAAAAAAGAAGUUUUGGUUGCACAUGAAAAGUUCAAAUCUUUAGCACCUGAAAAAGUGGGGCAUAACAAAAAUGCUAAAUUGGCACUUAAUAAGGUUCUUAAGCUUCCAGAAUUAGCAGCUAAUCCUUUUGGUGAGCGUAUGUGUCAAGUAUUCAGUUCUAGUCAAGAUGGAGAUUGUACAUUUGAAGAUUUUUUAGACAUGAUGUCUGUAUUUAGUCUUACUGCACCUGCAGAUGUUAAAGCCGAACAUGUCUUUAGAAUUUUUGAUUUUGAUGGCGAUGAUAUGUUAGGUGUUGGGGAUAUUAAAAAAGUAAUUCAAUGUUUAGUUGGAGAACUAAACCCUUUUAAUGAUAAUGACCUUAAGCGUUUAGUACAGAAAAUAUUUGAAGAAGUUGAUUUUGAUGAUGAUGGUGCUCUUUCGUUUACUGAAUUUGAACAUGUCACUGAUAUGUGUCCAGAUUUUGUAAAGUUGAUAACAGUAAUCAAACAUUCAGUGGCUUGGUGAACGGUAUUCUAACCGACUAGAUAUUAUUUCAUAUAGUCUGUUUCUGACUUGUUAUCUUUUAACGCUCAGUUUACAAUAUCAGUAUUUGAAAUUUGCAAGUAAACCUAAACUUGUAAUUUGUGGAAAGUACAUGUUUAAAAAU